AUGACCACAAUGCCACCGGAAAUGUCCACAGCAACGGCAACUCCCGUUGCCAGUGUGCCCAGCGGCACUGUCCACCCGCCGCGUGACUCACCGCCAGGUGGCGACACACCGGCCGUCGGCAAUACCGUUAGCAACAACACAUCCACAACGCCGACAACGACGGCCACGCGAUCCCGUUUCAUGAUCACCGAUAUUUUGGCCGGUGCAGCGGCGGCAGCAGCUGCCCUCGCAGCCUCCUCCACGGGGCGUGGCAGUCCUCAGGACUCGAUGGACCGAGAGCGGGACAGCGAGAGGGAGCGAGAGCGGGAGCGGGAGCAGGCCCUGGCCGCCCACUAUCACCAGCAGCAACAGCAACAGCAGCAGCAACAUCACCAGCAACAGCAGCAGCAACAGGCACAACAUCACCAGCAGCAACAUCAUGCAGCACUGCAGCAAUACAUAGUACAACAGCAACAGUUGCUGCGCUUCGAAAGGGAACGGGAUCGGGAGCGGGAAAGGGAGCGGGAGCGGGAGCGGGAACAUUUUCGGGAGCGUCAUUCGCCACCAGCUCAUUAUCAUCAUCCCGCCAUGCCGCCUCACUUGCUCGCACACUUUCCACCCGCCCACUAUGUUGCCCUGCAACAGCAACAGCAACAGCAACAGCAACAGCAACAGGCGCAGCAACAGCAACCCCAUCCGCAUCAAUUGCAAAUGGAGCGAGAACGAUUGGAGGCACUGCAUCGACAUGGCGGCGGUCAUGGGUUAACGGUGGAGCAUCGGCAGCAGCAACAUCAGGGAGCUCUGUUGCAUGAUGACCGAUCCCGAUCGCCGCUUAUGUUGCAGCAAUUGGGCAAUAACAACAAUGGCAGCUCAAAUAGCAACAACAAUAAUAAUAAUAAUAAUAAUAAUAAUAACAACAAUAACAGCAUUAACAUUAACACGGCAACCAGCAACAGCAACAAUAACAAUGGAAAUGGCAACAGCCACAUGUUGCUCGCGGGAGCAGGCAGCAGCAUCAGCGGUGAUCAGGCCAGUACCAUCGAUGACAGCGACAGCGAUGAUUGCGGUGGCAAGGACGAUGAUGGCGAGGAUAGCCUCAAGAAUGGCAGCUCAGCCAACGGUGACUCCUCAUCGCACCUGAGCCUGAGCCUGAGCAAGAAACAGCGAAAGGCACGAACCGCCUUCACGGAUCACCAGCUGCAGACGCUGGAGAAGUCCUUUGAGCGGCAGAAAUACCUCAGUGUCCAGGAUCGUAUGGAGUUGGCCAACAAGCUGGAGCUGAGCGAUUGCCAGGUGAAGACCUGGUACCAGAAUCGCAGAACAAAAUGGAAACGCCAGACAGCUGUGGGUUUGGAACUCCUUGCCGAGGCUGGCAACUAUGCCGCUUUUCAGCGUCUUUAUGGCGGUGCCACGCCCUAUUUGAGCGCCUGGCCCUAUGCAGCCGCCGCUGCGGCCCAAUCCCCCCAUGGUACACCGCCCUCGGCCAUUGAUAUUUAUUACCGCCAGGCGGCCGCUGCCGCCGCUUUGCAGAAACCCGCUCUGCCUGCCUCGUACCGCAUGUAUCCCACAAGUAUGCCGGGUGGCAUGGCCUUGCCUGGUAUGCCCGCUCCACCGCCACCGGGAGCAGCGCCCAUGUUGAGCGGUUAUUAUGCCGCCGCUGCAGCGGCUGCCGCUUCUGCACAGCCGCCAACGGCUUCGCUGUUGCCACCCAGGGACAGAUCGCCUGCCACUAGCCAGAGUGCCACGAGUGAGGCGGAUUGCGAGAGGGGUAGUAGUAGUAGUCGCCAGCGAUUGAUAACGCCCAGUCCGCCCCUUAAUCCGGGCAGUCCGCCGACGCGGCGGGGCGAGGAGGAGCUGCCACUGGCGGAACCAGAGAUUGAGCAGCGGGGCGAGGAGGAAAGGGAUGAUGAGGAUGAGGAGUUGGCCUUGGAGGUGUGA